GCUAUCUCUUCCCAACCUCCCUCUCUCUCUCUCUCUCUCUCUCUCUCUCUCACCUCACUAACUUCCUCUGCUCAAAACACCUAUAAGCCUAACACUGCUCUCUGUGCUCAAACUUUAUGGGUUUUCAAGAAAUUGGUGCGAAUUGAUUCAGCCGUUCAGGGUGCCUGUGAUUUAAGUGUGUUUAGAGUACUCCUAAGAAAAAUAGCAGCAUCUUCCGUUUCAAGAUUUUUACACCCAGAUAUGUUUGGGAUGUUAUUGAUCUUUUUGUUGGAUAUGAAGGUGUAGUUUUGUUUAAAGGUGCCAUUGACUAUUGAGUUGAAGAGUUUUGAAAAGUGAGAGCAGCCACCCAGAAACACGAAUUCCAAUGGGAAUUUGCUUCAGUGCUGAAACCAAAGAUACGAGCCCGUUUCACUCCGGAGUGAUUUCAAAGAGUGGUGGUGAUGUUGGGACUCAAAAUAGCAGUAAGGUCUCAUCUAUGCCAGCAACUCCACGGAGCGAAGGUGAGAUAUUGCAGUCGUCGAAUUUGAAAAGCUUCAGUUUUUCCGAUCUGAAGAUGGCGACGAGGAACUUCCGGCCGGAUAGUGUGCUCGGAGAAGGCGGAUUUGGAUCGGUUUUCAAGGGUUGGAUCGAUGAACAGACUUUUGCUGCUACUAAACCUGGAACAGGUCUUGUUAUUGCUGUCAAAAAGCUUAAUCAAGAAAGCUUUCAAGGUCACAGGGAGUGGCUGGCAGAAGUGAAUUAUCUCGGACAAUUUUCACAUCCAAAUCUCGUGGAACUAAUUGGUUACUGUUUAGAGGACGAACAAAGACUUUUAGUCUACGAGUUCAUGCCUCGUGGAAGCUUGGAAAAUCACUUAUUCAGGAGAGGAUCAUAUUUUCAACCGUUGUCAUGGAGUCUUCGUUUGAAGGCUGCUCUUGGGGCUGCUAAAGGCCUUGCUUUUCUUCACAAUGCAAAAACAAAAGUGAUUUAUCGUGAUUUCAAGACUUCUAAUGUGUUGCUAGAUUCGAACUACAAUGCAAAGUUGUCGGAUUUUGGGCUCGCGAAAGAUGGACCAACCGGUGAUAAGAGUCAUGUUUCUACUAGAGUCAUGGGAACCUACGGAUACGCGGCACCCGAGUAUCUAGCAACAGGUCACUUGACGUCUAAGAGUGAUGUGUAUAGUUUUGGGGUGGUUCUUCUUGAAAUGUUAUCGGGCCGAAGAGCAGUAGACAAGAACAGGCCAUCGAACGAAUACAGUUUAGUUGAGUGGGCCAAACCUUACUUGGCCCACAAACGUAAACUGUUUCGGGUUAUAGACAACCGGCUCGAGGGCCAGUAUACACUGGAAGGGGCCUAUGCGGUUGCAACCGUUGCAUUACGGUGUAUAUCGGUUGAGCCCAGGUUUAGGCCCACUAUGGUGGAAGUGGUCAAAGAACUCGAGCAGCUUCAGGACCCGAAGGGAAGCAAGCCCCGAAGACACUCGACUCAUGGAACACUCCCAAUUGGGAACACUUCUUAUCCCAGGCCUCAAGGUUUGUAGGAAAAGAGGACUAAUUGGGCCAAAUGAUUGUACACUUAUUUGGGCUAAGUUUUAAGUUUGUUUCUAAAUUCAAGGAAGCUACAAAAGUCAUCCCUGAAGUUUAAUUUAUUCUUAACUUUUGGUCAUCUGGUUGCUGAUUUUGUGAUUUGGUAUUCAACAAAAUACCCAUACAAUGUUUAGUAAAUCUGUAUUUAAAUCUAUGAGACAUCAAAUCAUAUAGUAAU